AAAUUUUUAAUAAAAAUGGAAUGUAGUUCAUUCUUUACUAAAUAAAUUCAAUUUCCCUGCUUUAGUCUGAAUUUGUAUAUGAAUAUCAUUUUUAAUCAAAUUAAACUCUGAUAUACAAAAUUCAAACGCUAAUUUUGGCAGAACAAGAAUUUUCAAAUUUAUUUUCUUAAAAUUAAUUGAAAUUUGAUAAAUUACACUUUUUUAAAAAAUAAAUAUUUAAAUAACCUGAGAGCUUUGGGAUAGCAAACAAGCACGAGUUUGAUGGUUGGUUAUUUUUUCAACCAAUCAGAAGUCUUCUCCAUUGUGAACUUAAUUAAAUGAAUCUAAAAAUAAAUUUGCGCCACCAAAAAUCAGACUUUUUUUUUUUUUUUUUUUUUUUUUUAAACCGUUAGAUUAUUUAAGAAUUGAUUUGAGUCCUAAAGCUGUAUGUACCAAUUCAGUUUUAAAGCUUAAUAACAUAAUAGCAAUAAGAUGCUUAGAUCCUGUUAGCAGAAACGGUUCCAUCUCGCACCCUUAAGUGUUCUUCGUCUGAGGGGAACCUCCUCAAGGUUUCGUGUAGAACCCUGUGAGCUUCAGAAGAGGUUCUGAGUAGAACUCUUAAGCAUCCGAGGAACCUUUGAGGAAACCUCAAAGUGUAGAAGUGUGAGUGUGAAAUUCCAAAAAUAAAGCCUGAAUGUUAUUAAGUGCAAUCCGAGUGCUUAGAGGCACGGAUGUUGAGCAGGUGAAGCUGUGAGCAGGUGCGAGCUCCGUCUUCACCUCGCCGCUCUGACGUCACUGAAGGACACGCAGGAUUUAGCGUGAGCUCCGUGUGACGCUGAAACUCGCCGACUGUCUGAAGUCUCUCUGCGUCUGACAGGUGAGUAUUUAAUCAACUCUACAGUCGUUUACAUACAUCUGAGUACCUUUAUUUCGUUUAAGCUUUAAUUCAGGAGCAGGUAUUUUGACUGAUCUGGGUUCAGAGAGCAAAAUAUAUUGUGACAUUACUGCAAAUUUAAACAUUAUUUAUAGAUUCUUAUUCAUUUCUAUUGUUUUUUUAUUUUCUAACUGAACCGUGUGAUUGUUUAUGGUUUUACAGUAAAUCGUUGGUGCAGGUGAAAAUGUACCCAUCAGGACUGAAGUGUUUAUCCCGGGUCAAGCUUUUCCACUCGCCGCUAAUCUCCUUACAGCAGCGUGGAGAUGAACAGAGACGCCGCACGCUGACCGCAGCCUCCUACCACGAGGCUGAUGUGAGCUGUGAGUACGGCUCGUAUAAAUACUACGCCCUGUGCGGAUUCGGAGGCGUCCUGAGCUGUGGGCUCACACACACCGCCGUCGUGCCUCUCGACCUGGUCAAAUGUCGCAUCCAGGUAAACCCGGGUAAAUACAAGUCCAUCUUUAACGGCUUCUCCGUAACCGUGAGGGAGGACGGGCUCCGGGGUCUGGCUCGAGGAUGGGCUCCUACGUUUAUUGGCUACUCCAUGCAGGGGCUCUGCAAGUUCGGCUUCUACGAGCUCUUCAAAGCGCUCUAUAAUGACAUGCUAGGAGAGGAGAACGCUUACCUCUGGAGAACGUCUGUGUACUUGGCCGCUUCUGCCAGCGCUGAGUUCUUUGCUGAUGUUGCUCUGGCCCCCAUGGAGGCGUGUAAAGUGCGGAUCCAGACGCAGCCAGGUUACGCCAGAACCCUGAGAGAGUGCGCCCCGAAGAUGCAUGCAGAAGAGGGGCUGUGGGCGUUCUACAAAGGCGUGUAUCCUCUGUGGCUGCGUCAGAUCCCCUACACCAUGAUGAAGUUUGCGUGUUUUGAGCGUACGGUGGAGAUGCUGUACAAGUACGUGGUGCCCAAACCUCGCAGCGCCUGCUCCAAACCCGAGCAGCUCGUCGUCACCUUCAUCGCUGGGUACAUCGCUGGUGUGUUCUGCGCUGUGGUUUCCCAUCCGGCCGACUCGGUGGUGUCCGUGCUCAACAAGGAGAAAGGAAGCUCAGCCACACAGGUGCUUAAGAGACUGGGACCUCGGGGCGUGUGGAAGGGGCUGUUUGCUCGCAUCAUCAUGAUCGGCACACUCACCGCCCUGCAGUGGUUCAUCUACGAUUCGGUCAAGGUUUAUUUCCGCCUGCCGCGCCCGCCUCCCCCGGACAUGCCCGAGUCUCUGAAGAGGAAGAUGAGUUUGGCGGGCCAAUAGAGGAAAACACACAUACACACACACACACACACACACACACACACACCCCUCACGGUCUACCAAAAUCUACCAAAACGUUGGUGUGAUUUCACCAGUGAAUGACAGUGACAUUAAUUCUGGAGUAAAGUUGAAGAUAUUAAAAGCCACAAAGCUUCAGUUAUGCCUCAGUGGUCUGAUUUGUUAUUGUUCAUGGAGCUGUCACACACAACACAAUACAUACAACACAAGCCAGUGAACGUCACAGAACCUGAAAUAAACUCGUACAUUUUACUGGGUUUUAACUGGAGCUAGAUAAACAGAUGAUCAUGGAUAACCGCGAACCGUGAACUAAAUGUGAGAUGUGAGAAAAUGUCUGUUUUUUCUAAUACGUUGGAUUUAAAUACAACUAAGAACUAAAGUGUGCCAGAGCAUUAAUUAGAGAAAUGAUGAUUUGGUGAACGAGUUUGUGAGCAGAAAAGCAAGAAAGAAAGAAGCUAGCAUGAUUCUUAAGACUUCCCUCUGUAUAGCACAUAAUGCACGUAUAAUAUAGUAACGUACACCUUUUAUUCUUUUUUUUAUUCAGUCUUUUAAUGUGAAAUAAUGUGGAAGGAGUGAAGGAGGCUGGAAGUGAAAGUGGCAGCGCUCUGAUUUCUUACGUUACUGUUAUUGAGUUCAGUCUGAAUAUACAUGUGUGUUGAAACACAAAGAAAACACCAACUUUCCGUGAAUCAUUUCUAUCGUUUAUGAUAAUUCACUUGAGUGCAAAGGUUUGUGCACCCCCUAAUGGUUACUGGGUGCAAAAAAAAAGGAAAAUAUCCCUGUCUGUUACAAUUUAUCUACAAACUAAUAAAAUUACAAGUGAUUAAGGAAUGAGAAGUUUCAUGUGUAUUGGUAUGUGCAUAAAGAGUGCUUGAGCUUCUACAGUAUAUACAAUGAAAUUGUAUUGCUGCAGUUGCACACUUCGACCCAAACACAGUGCAAAAAUGAUAAAUGAACUCUUAUGUAGUACAAAAAGUAGCAAACUGUAAACCUUGAACACAGACAAAAGACCAUGCAAGAUUAUUAAUGUGCUCUAAGCAAGUAAAAAUAAUAAUAAACUGUAAACUUUCUGACUGCGUACAAUGUUUCCAAAGUGACAUACUGCACAUACAGUACAAGGACAAUCAGAGUCUGAUAUCAGUUCAGUUCAAUUUUAUUUGUAUAGCGCUUUUAACAGUGGACAUUUUCACAAAGCAGCUUUACAGAAAUAAAUACAUUCAAAUUAAAUCACAAUAAAUUGUAAAUGUGUGAAUUUAUCCCUAAUGAGCGAGCCAGAAGAGACGAUGGUGAGGAAAACCUUCCUGAUCUGCCUGAUGGUAGCAGCGAGAGCAGUCCAGCACCCCAGACCUCCUCACCAACGUCAGCGCCUGACCUCACUAAUGCUCUUGUAGCUGAAUGAACACGAAUCCCCACAGCCACGCUCCAACAUCUAGUGGAAAGACUUCGCAGAAGAGUGGAGCUUAUUAUAACAGUAAACACAAGGGGACUAAAUCUGGAAUGAGAUGUUCAACAAGCACAAAUGGGUGUGAUGGUCAGGGGAGCACAUACUUUUGACUAUAUAGUGUACACUACUAGGGCUGUAGGGAUGAAGUCCAGUCUCGAGAUGUUUUCUGUAUUGACUUGGACUUAUCUCAGAUUAAUUGGCAUUUGUAUUCGGACUCGUCACGGAUCAAUGUGGUCUCGGUCGAGUUUGUAAUAAACAAACAAACAAACAAAUAAAUAAUAGUCUUUUCAUAUCAUGUUUGACCAGAAUUAAUUCCUUCUUCUAGAAAACAGCCUAAUCACUGGCACAAUGCAGCUGAAGUAAAGGCUAGUCCUCAAAAAUGAUUGAAAUGGUUUUCGGUCUCGAUCUUGACUUGAUCUCGACUAGUUCUGGUCUCUAUAAGAUAGAAUUUUAUUUAAUGUUUAAUAUUCAAAUACUUUUGUCAGCUUCCAAGCUCCAGAAUCAUCUCACAAUUCUAACAACGUACAUUUUUCCAACACAAAACAUCCUAGUAAGAAUAUCAGCAAUUAAUAGGCAAUGAUCUGUGAUUUUUUUUAAUUACUAUACUCACUUGUAGUGACAUUUAGACCAUAUUAACAUUUUUCACACCACAUUAUCGGGGUAAAUGUAGCUUUAGUUUAAUCAGUACAGCAACUGAGUGCUAAAUAAAGGUAAGAAUGUCGCUAAAAUCCGAAACAAAUGCUUGUUAGGAAUAUUUUCUCACAUUUUGUCUGUCCUCGUAUCACAAUUUUGACAAAAUGACGCGUCCACGGCUGUCAGGAAACGAUUUCCAGGUAUUUGGAUAACCAUUUUGUUCUGUGAUACAGAAGAAACUUGAAAAUGGGAUCUAAUGUGUGUGUGUGUGUGUGUGUGUGUGUGUGUGUGUGUGUGUCAGAGUGCACUUUGUUCCCUCUAUCCUGUUUUUUUUCUCUCAUCAGCUCUGAGUACGAGCUCUGCUGACCCCGACAGUGCCAGCUCGGCGAACACAGAUGGAGCUUAUCACAGCCGUCGAGCUUCCAGGUCACCUGCUGCACAUGCGAGCGAGAGUGUGUGGUGCUUUUGCGGUGCUUUUGCGGCUGUGUGUGAGUGCUCAUGCGUGUUCGGAGUUCACACGAUCUCCAGGCACUAAUGGAGACACCCAUGCGUCACGCUAUUUAGCGAGGGGGAACGUGUGCUACGAGUUACACGCAGUUAUGGGCGACUGUUGUCAUUAUAAUCCAUUUGGUUUCACCGGUUAAUGCGGGUUUUCAUGACAGUUCAGAGAAAUGGAGUCUGUUAACACUCUCUUCCAUGUUGAAGGUUAGAGGAUGUGCAGCAAACCGGCUCCUGUGACGUGUUUUUAAUCAGUAAUCGCAGAACAGAAAGCCAGGGGUGAAAAAUAACACAUCGUUAUUCAUCAUGAUGUUCUGUAUUUUGUCUGGAAAUGAUUCGUGUGUGAUAUUGUUUAACUAUGACUAACGCUCACUGUGGAACUUUCACCAACUCACACUCUCGCUAUAUUUAUAAUACAUCAGCCCACUUUAGUUCUAUUUUUAUAGACAGACGGAGGGUUUAAAUGCCUGCUUUCCACUACACAACACACUCAUUACAGCCUUCACAUCCCCUGAGUGUGUACCGCUACAGAAGCUGGGAGUCUCUAGUGCUUUUCUUCGUAAAUUCUUAAUAAUCACAAACGCGUUUUGCUUGCAGUUAUGUACAUAUACAAGUGUUCCAAAUAAAGGUCGAUAUCUGAUUAUUUAAAGAUAUACAAAAACUUGGGCAGUACACUCAUCUUUACUGUAUUAAUUCUUCCACCCAAUGAGAGACGGCGGUGGUCCCAGCGCUCAAGGUCUUGUUUUAGAUUAGAUAAGAGAGGUGGCUAGUUGGCCCCAUAUAAAGCUUUAUGAUCAUGCGUGACCCAAACCCCAAGGUAUUUGAAUUUUUUAGGGCUAAUUUUAAAGGGAAUUGAGCUUGAAGAUAACAGACUGACCCCAUCACCAACAGGCAUUAGUUCACUUUUCUGAAUAUUGACUUUAUACCCAGAUAUUUUGCCGAAUUCUGUAAGAAGAGUCACCAAUUUAGGAAAGCUCGUCAGGGGUUGUGACAGGUAUAAUAACAUGUCGUCCGCAUAAAGCGAAACCUUAUGUUCCAAUCCUGCCCGCUGAAUGCCUUUGAUAUCGGCUCUUUGUCUCCGAGCUAAAGCAAGUGUUUCCAUUGCAACUGCAAAUAGAAGUGGGGGCAAAGGACAUCCUUGCCUCGUGCCGCGUUGAAGCUCAAAAUAAGGAGAUAUAUUAUUAUUAGUGCGCACAGCAGCCAUCGGGGAUGUGUAUAAAAGUUUGAUCCAUGAUAUAAGCUUACAACCAAAUCCAAACCUCUCCAGUGUAUUAAAAAGAUAAUCUCACUCCACCCGGUCAAAUGCCUUUUCUGCAUCCAAUGAAAGCACUACCUCCGGCGUGCCGGGUGGAGACGGGCUAUAAAGAAUAUUCAAAGGUCGUCUAAUGUUAUAGAAAGAAUAACGAUUCUUAAUGAAACCUGUUUGGUCAGGUGAUAUGAUGGAGGGUAGAGCCCCCUCUAAACGUCGCACGAGGACCUUAGCAAGCUCUUUAGCAUCAGUAUUAAGAAGGGAGAUUGGACGGAAUGAGCUGCACUCGAGAGGGUCCUUGUCUUUUUUGAGGAUUAAUGAGAUAACUGCCUGACGCAUGGUUGGUGGUAGGGAUUUUGAUGAAAGCGACUCUUCAAAAACUGAUAACAAUAAAGGGGAAAGCUGUUCUGAGAAUUAAAAAAAAAAAAAAAAUCUGUUGGGAAACUGUCCGGUCCCGGUGAUUUGCCACUCUGCAUAGAUCUAAUUGCUAAUGUUAUCUCUUCCACCGUGAAGUCUUCUUCCGGUUCAGCAGCCGUCACAGGGUCUAUAGAGGGAAUACGUAUAUCAUCCAAAAAGUCUUCCAACGAAUGAGGGUCGACACAUGAAUCAGAAGUGUACAGUGACUGGUAAAAAUUCUGGAAACAUGAAUUAGUUUUUAGGCUGUCAGUGUUUUUUAAGCCCUGCUCAUCAUGUACAUAUACAAGUGUGACAAAUACAUAAAAUAAAUAAAAUGAGCCCAAACCUCAAAAUAUUCCUCUCAAAAUAUUAUUGAUACGUAUAGUAAUAUUUAAAUUAACAUUAUACUGUUAAUGUAUACUUAUAACAAAGCAGUUAAAACAAUAUUCCUUUCAACAAGUUACAGUCAUGUAGGUGAUUCAGCAAAAGAAGAAAAAAAAUGCUAUUUUUAAAAAAGGUUUAAAUAUAUAGUCAUAGAUAAAGUAUAAAGAAUGAGUGGAGCAAAUCACUGAGAGGUUUCGGAUUAGUUUGGGCUUUACACUGUAUGAUUUUCAGUUUGCGUCAUAAAAGAAUUCCUUGUUGAGAUGAAGUGUUGUUGAAGUGUUCACAGCGGGCCUCAUUUGUCGAUCUUUUAGUAAAUUUGUGUGUAAAUGUUUUUGCGUAAGCUAAACUGACUAAAAUUUUCCACCGGAUUUACAGAAGCUUUGGAAGCUUUGGAUUUUCUUCGUACUCGUGUGCGUAUGUUGAUCACCUGAAAAGUGAAAAAUGCGUUCCUAACACAGCUCAUUUGCAUGUAGUGACACCCACAAAACUCCAUAAAAGGUCAAAUGCACAGAGAGUUGGGACAUGAAAUGAACAAUCAGGGUAAAUGCUGAAACACAGAAGUAAAAAUUAUUUUGAUUCAUGUCAUGAUUAUUAUUAUUAUUAUUAUUAUUAUUAUUAUUAAUAAUCAUCAUCAUCAUCAUAAGUGAGCACUAAAUCUUCCGUCAGCUAAGGCGUUUGUUUCUUGUAUCAAAACCGAAUGAUGAAUUUAAUUUGUCUUUUAUUUUGGCAUUUAUGGGAUUCUGUUGGCUCGCUUUCUUUUUUUAUUUUUAUUCCAUAUUCUUUAAUCAAUGCCAAUAAUAUAAAACAACUGGUUUUCACAAAAUGUUCUGGAUGGUGCUUUUACUCCCUGACCGAGUGAACUAGCAUGAGGUUGUGUUUCAGAUCGAGACUCCUGUAUAAGCUCCUCUAUAAGUCACUGUGGAUAAAAGCAUCUGCUGAACGCUGAAAACUUAAUAAAAAUAUGCAAUUUAUUAACACAGUAUAUUCCAGAUAUAAAAAUGCAGUAAUAAAUGCAGAUUAUAUAGAAGAUUUAAAGUUGGACUAGUCAAGGUUAGUGUUAUGUGUAAGUUUACACACGCGAGUAGGACACAAACGUUCAGAAUUUACAAGAUUUUUCAUGAAUAUUAAAUUUCUUGUGUAAACGCUCGUACAAAUGAUUUACGAAUAAAUCCAUUCACAUCCAGCUUGAUAAACAGGACCGAAUAUCGACAACUAAUUUAGUGCCAUUGUGACUAAAGACAAAGUUCUAUUAGUGUGAGACAUUUUUCUUUAUUAAGAUAUCGGAGUGCGAGCACUGCUACAGCUACGACACUCAUCUAAAAUCCACCAAUAGGAGGACGGCAAACUCACAGGACAGCUACAAAUACGUUAGUAAACAAAACAUGCUAAUCGACAGAAAACGUCUCCAUAUUACCUCAAGCCCACUUCGAGUUUAUUCGAGUUUAUUGGUUUCUGCACGAGUUAAUUCCUAGAUCACGCCGAUUGAUGACGUAAGCAGAGCGUAGUAACGUUACUUUAAUCACAGAUCUAUCGUUAGAGGAUCUUCAUUGUAUAAUCUGACAUGGAGAAUGCAGGCCAGAUUUUACUGAGAUCUCGUACAGUGUGAUGAAAAAGAGUGCUGAAAUUGUAGUGUGCUGACAUGUGAUAGCAGAUUUAGUUAGUUCAUCUGAAUGGGAAUCUAUUUUAAUUUACAGGGAAAAAAGGCAAACAGAAAUUCAAAUCAAAACAAAUCUGGUCCCAUUGGAUCAGGAGUUGUGUGUGACGGUCCUGGAUGGCUGAUGUCCAGGAUAGUUUAUUGAAUUUCCUUCUCACAUUAUUCAACACGCAGGUUUAAAUUACCAGGUUCAUUCAAUGUGUUGAACAGAUUAAACCUGAUGGAAGGCGAAAUGAAACAAAACACCUUUUACACGGUGAGAACGUAUUAAUUAUCUCCCUGCCUGUGAAGUACUGCUAACAGGAUCAAACUUGCCUGGCUUUACCGUGUGACCUAGUAAUUCUAGUCAUUUGAAUCCUGUGUGCCUUUUUUCCCCCUUGUCAAUAAAAAAUGAAUCUUCUAAUGAUAAUGAUGGCAGGUGCAUGUUUUUACCUAAAAAUUAACCUGUAAAAAUUAUAUUAAUUUCCUCAGCACCUGUAAUACUGUAAUAUAAUAAUAGUAGAAUUUAGUUUACCAGCAUUCAGAAUAUAAAUUAAGAGUUACGGCUUUAACACGUGACCUUGCCAUGUCACAGGACCGUAUGUGUGUCCUAGUGAUGGGAAUUCCGGCUCUUUUCAGUGACUCGGGUCAUUUGACUCACUGAAUCAUUUGACUCAAUAAUCUGACUCGACUCUUUCCAAAAAGCAUUGAGUAAUGGUCCUGCUGGAGAUGCUGGUAUUUUCUCUAAUAAAUGAUCUGCUUAUUUUUAUUAUUUUUUUUUUUAAGACUAUGCAUAAGUAUUUGCUCCCAUGAGCUUUUCCCACAUUUUGAGAUCAUAUUAGUACUUCAACUCCCAUGCAACUUUUUUUUUUUUUUUUUUUUUUUACUGAUCCUUCUACUGACCUACAUACAUAUUUUUAACUAAAAACAACCCUGUAGAACGUUAAUAAUUUUAUAAAGAUUAUAAUGAUCAUGUAACCAUUCCACUGAUUGGAGUUCUGGUCUGUUCAGUGUGUCAAAUCAAUUGAUUCAUCUCAUCAACAAGAGCCAACUCAUUCAACUCUCAAACGAUUCAUUUACCUUUUAAGUUUUAUUUUCUGAAAUCUUUCUCUACCUUCUAAUUAACAGUCUAAAAUUACUUUACCAUUAGCCUCGUGAGGAUCAUCCCUGUCAUCCUGCCUGAUUCACACUGCUGAGAGUCAAACACACGACUCACUAUUCACUCUAAUCACAUGAUCAUGUGUUUUAAAAUGUUUUCCAUUGAUUAAUUCCAUUUUUAAUUUAAUUACACUGCAAGAGAAACAGCAUUGCGUGCAUUGCUUAGGAAAAAAGGGGGGAAAUGAGAGAAAUAAAGAGGGCAAAAAAUGCAAAUGACUCAUGUAUCGAGUCGGCUCUCAACCUUCACUCAAAGAACUGACUCACAUAUAUGAGUUUUUUUUCACCCAUUUUCUUUCCUUUUUCAUCCUUUUUUGUUCUAAGAUGCAUGACAAUGCCAUGUCUUUUGCAGUGUAACUCAACGACAAACAGCUCAUAUAUGCGGCUCGGCUCUCAUGCAGAAGAGCCGACUCAAAGAGCCGACACACAGUAUGAGUCGUUUGCGUUUUUUAACUCCUUUAUUUUCUUAUGUUUUUAAAAAGAUGUAGGCAAUGUCGUGUCCUUUACAGCGUAUUUUAACUGAAAAUGACUCACAUAUGGGACUCAGCCCUCAACAUUCACCUCAAAACUCUGACUUAAAGAACUGAUUCAAAGAACCGACUCAAAGAACCGACUCAUUUGCAAAUGACACAUUACUAGUAUUCUGUUUAUAAAGCGUUCUAAUGAACUCCAGUCCAGUGACAGAUGUUUUUUUGCAGCUAAAAUAGAUUUGGUCAGUCUCUGUUAUAUGAUAGCAAAUAAAUGUUACAGUAAUCUCAUAUUAAUCUCAGGGGAUUCUUCUGAAUAUUUAUUAAUGGUGAUAAAAUUACUUUCUCUUAUUUUACACGUCACACUGCAUGCUGUAUUGUGUUACAGUGUGUUUUGUUUAGUCGCACAAUCUCAGUGUGUAACAAUACUCUGAUUAUGUUUCAUAUUAUACACUGAGCAAUGGUAGCAAUGUUGGCUCUGAGCCCAUCUUGUGUCCUUUUGUCCUGAAUCGUGGCACGUACACUGAUCCAGACCCUCUCAGGCAGGACAAACCAGCCAUUUAAACACAGCCCUCUGAUUGGCCACCAUUCAACUGGAUGGCAGAAUGGAGGUCACUGAUUGGUCAGGGUGUGCAAACUGAACCACAGAGGUCAAAUUGUUCAUGUGAUGAGUGUGUGAUGAGUGUUUGUUAUUCAAAGUCUACAUUUCCACUCACCAUCCAGCUUGUUAGUAACAAAGCUAAAAUUGUAAUCUGAGGAUUCGGUCAGAUGCAAAAGUUUUCACACCCUUAGUUCAAAAUGAAGAUCAUUUCAGUCAUUAAAUUGGACAAGAUGUAGGGUGUUAGGGUUCACACAUGUUCCUGCAUUAUCAUAAGUAGUCAAAUAGUGUUAAAAUAUUAAUAGUGAAAAAUCUCCUGUUCUGAAUGUGAUAUAAACAUUUGCUUUCAGCUCGUUAACCCUUUUAUAACAGUCUCUGGCAGCGUUUGGAUCCUCUCAGGUGUAACUCAGUGAUAUUUCAGUUGUAUCUCAGCCUGCUUCAGAUGAAUCCAAAAGGUUUAUGACAAAAAAAAAUGUAUUUUUCUGUUUUCAUAAGAUUCUUCUUUAUGGUUUAGAUAGUUGUCUAAUUGCAGGAUACACCCAAGUCAUUUUUACAGCUUUCUUCAUUUCACAACUCUCGCUCCAAAUUUGAAUAAAAUCCCAAAAAUCUGAGCGUUGCAAAAAAAAAAAAAUUAAUUUAAUACAAUUUAAUACAAUUCACAAAAAUAUGAAACUUUUUCCAUUGGUAGAUCAUAGUUUAUCAAACAUUUUACAAUAAAAAAAAAAAGAAAAAAUCAUAGGUGAAAUCAUUUUACAUUUACUUUUUUUUUUUUUUUUUUUAAACAAACAUUAAUUAUUUAUUUAUUUAAAUGUGUGCCACAAUAUUUUGGCUAUUUCUUGGAGCCAGAGUGUUUUGUUUUUUUUUAAAUCAUUAUUAUUAUUUUUGAACUUUCCACCAACAUGUACGAUUUCUUUUUUACUAAAUUUGUCAUUAGAUUCCAGCUGACAUAUUUAUCGAUUUAAUAACUUUGAUAGCUUUGAUUGAGACUCACAGAGACAGAUCAUCAUCAGUGCAUGGAAAAAAAUAAAUAAAUAAAAAAUCCCACAAAUUAUAAUCUUAAGUGCCGAGGCUUCAUCACAUGAACGUUUAUUAUGAACGUUAGUGAACAGGCUAGAUAAAUAAAUCGGUUAUGAAUUAUAAAAUCAUAUUGCAGUUUAUGGUUUAACCUGGUUUAAAGAAUGGUAGAUGGGGGGCACAAACUUUUCUUCUCAACGUUAGGCUUGUAUUUCUGAAUGUUAGCACUGAUCUGUUGAUCUGAUUGCUUGUGUGUGAUUUUUUUCCCUUUAUUUUCUGCAGCUGAGUAGUUUUGAGUUUGCUGUGUGAACUCUGUUCUAGUCAGUGUUCAUUCUGAGGAUUAGGAAAUAAAUGUUAUUCAUUGACACACGCUUACUUUUUACUUUUUACUUUUCCCUCUGUCCCACAGCUCGACUCCAUCUCUUCUGCCUUUCGCUGAACUGAGUUGUUCCUAUUUGUACUCUGUAAGGCGUUUAUACACACAGAACUACUGGUUUAGGAUCGUUUUAUGUUAUUUAUUUGGAAAUCUGCCACAGUAAGGGGGCCAAGCACUGAAGGUGCCUCCUAUGGAACUGUAUAUUUUCUUCUUGCUGGGAGUCUACGGCACUUCGUACGUUUUUAAUGAAAUUUGGCACAGCGAUAGAGGACAGUCUCAGCUACCAGCACAGCAGUUUUGGUGUACACCACUCAAGCUCUCUAGCACCACCAAUAUGCAAAAUUUGGACAUACAUUUACAUUUACAUUUAUGGCAUUUGGCAGAUGCUCUUAUCCAGAGCGACUUACAGAAGUGCUUUGAAGUCUCUAUCAAUAAAUACAUUCUGAUACUGGUUCGCUAGGUCAGGGACUAAUAAUACCACCAGUCUAUAAACUCUGUUGGGGAGGUAAUAUAGUAAAAUGCACUCAGACAAUACAAAGUUGUUGUUUUUUUAACAAUAUUUUAUUACGUUUACAAUAAUAACUCUCAAUGUUGUAGAAACGCGAUUCCAUUUUCCUCUGAUUCUUUGGGUCAAGCCGAGUUCAAGGGACACCAUGAUGUUUUCCACCAUACAAUUAUACACAGCAUCAGGACACCAAUCUGAACAGAACUUAAUUCUCAGAUUUUCGAUAUGUGGGAUGUUUCAUCCGUAACGUGGAUGUGAAUUUGAUAAUGAAGUCACCAAACAGGAAGUGAGGUUAUGUCUCAGCAAUGCUUUCACAUAUUGAAAGAAACUUGUCACAUAUGUUUAGUAAAAUGACCUAAUGUUAUGAAACUAGCUUUGAGUUCAUUUGCAACAUGGAAGGGCUCCUGAAAACAGGAAGUGAGGUAAUAUCUCAACAAAGAAUUUAUUUUUAACCUUCAAAUUUACUAUCGGGGAACAAAUCCUGAUGAAGUCAAUGGCUUCAGUGCUAUGGGGUGAGGCCGAAAAGUGCUUGGCCCCCUUAAUCAUCGCUUGUCAUUAUUAUUAUUAGUAGUAGUAGUAGUAGUAUAUUUGGCUCAUUUUUUUUUUUUAAACAAGUACAAUCAUAUACUCAAGCUUAAAAUUGUUUUAGUAGUUUUAGUAAUUGUCUUAGUAGUCUUUUGAGUUUUAAAACAAUCUAACCAAGAGAAACAUCAGUUGAAUUUGCGUAUGUUCAAGAUAUUUUACAUGAAAAUAUAUCAAUUUUUUACAUUUUUAACUUGAAGCGGACAAUAAACUCAUACUUCUUUUUCA